GUGGUGGGCGGGCGGGACCGGUGGAGCGCCUGCGCUCUGGUAUGUAGUCGGGAUGUCAUGGAGAAGGGGAAAGACGGACGAAGUCCGUUACCGAGUGACGGAGCCGCGGCAACACCCGCACGGCUACACCGAGUACCGGGUCACCGUCACGAUCUUUUCCAAGAAGACUGCAGACGUCAAAGAGCUAACAGUCUACAAACGGUACAGUGACUUCAAAAAGCUUCACAGUGAGCUGUCCUACAUCCACCGGAACUUGUUCAGGAAAUCAGAAGAAUUCCCUGCCUUCCCAAGGGCUCAGGUGUUUGGGCGUUUCGACGAGGCUGUUAUUGAAGAAAGACGCCGGUGUGCUGAGGAGAUGCUGCAGUUCACUGUUAACAUUCCGGCCCUGUGCAACAGCCUGCAGCUCAAGGACUUCUUCAAGGAUGGUGAGGUUUCCCGGCCUCUCGAACUCGGUGCUCCUCAGGACCCCUGCAGCCUGCCUGCCCCACUCAUUCCCCUGCCCUCGGAAGAGGGUCGGACCCCGGGAUGUUUUUCCAGCCAAUCACUAGAGUGCAGGCGAUCUUCGCAGCCCCUGACCAGGAGUGAGAGGGAGGUAGGAGAGAUGGCAGCCAAGCCAGAGCCCCUCAGUGCGGCACGACAGAUACACCACAGUCAGGACGAACCUGAACCUGAUCACCAGCAAGUCGCGGAGGCGAGUUCCCCACUCGACUCGGACACCGAGGACAAACACGAGGGGAACCGACAGCGGCCUGGCUCCCCCCUCUCCAACCACGAGCUGGCAAUGUUUGACCCCUGUGCUAAGGAUGGUGUGGACUCUCUGCCUGACCUGAACCAGUGGAGCAGCCUCACAGCACUGGGCGACGAACAGCCCAAAGACCUAGAGAGGAGACUGCUGCAGCUCAGAGUGCAGCCAGAGGACCAGUUUCUUCCCCCCGCGACCCCACACUCAGACGGUCUCGACAGUGCUGAAUAUCUGACUGCAGCGGCCAAGUGUAUCAAAGAGGCCCUGGCAAGGGAAGCCAGCCAGGAGUAUGCAGCGGCGUUCAGUUGCUAUCGCAAUGGGGUGGACAUUCUGCUGAAAGGAGUGCAAGGUGACCUGAAUUCGGAAAGGCGAGAUGCAGUGAAGAAGAAGAUGGCGGAGUAUUUGAAACACGCGGAAGCCAUUUUCACUGAGCACCUAACGGGCUGUGUAUCAGAGGAUGUUGCUCCCACCUCGUGACUCAGAAGGAUGUGAGUGGAGCAGCAUCAUGGAGAAUAUCCUGUGGCCACCUGCCAAUCAAAUAUCUGAUGGCUGGGUGAAGAGAGGUUUAUCCCCUGGACGUCCAUUUGUGCCUGAGAAGGUCGAUGAAGGCUUUUACCAAAUCCCUCGCCAAUCAGGUUGCUUGCUGUUGAGAGACAGGUUAAAACCCCCAGCUCGAUGGAGAGGCUGGAGACAUGCUGCUCCAACCCCCACCCCUGAUGGUGAGAUCAGGGUUCUCCACCCUCACCAUCCCCACCCCUACCCCACCAUCCCCACCCCUACCCCAAUGUUGGGACGUGUCAGUGAACAGAGGGCCCUCGCUGUUGUGAAUGAGUCUCGGGGGAAGUGUGGUUUGUAUUGUGAGACGUUGGAUUGUCUCCGAGAUGAAAUCGGCCAGUCUUCAUUGCCAAAGCUAACGAAAGCAUCGCCUUCCUAAAUUUCUCCACAUUGUUCACUGAAAAAUUGCCUUCUAUGGUAGUAACUGCUGUUUCGAAGUGAACACGCCUUUGCGAUGCUUCCCACAGAUGACCCCACUGUAAGACAGUUCAUCAGCUUUUAGUGACCAUAACAAAACAACAAAUGUUUUCCCCUGGGCCCUGCUGCUUCCCACCUAACUCUGACCCAAAGUGCCACAUUUUUUAUAUCCACUGAGAUGGCGGUUUGCAGCAUCUCACCUAGAAGUUGGCAUCUCCGACGGUGCCGCGCUGACCCUCCGACAGUGCCGCGCUCCCUCGGCGCUGACCCUCCGACAGUGCGGCGCUCCCUCAGCGCUGACCGGCUGACAGUGCAGCACUGUCUGAGCACUGACCAUCUCUGCUUGCCAGUUCUUUUCUCUUUCUGUCACUCACUUUCAGUUUCUGUCUGUACUUCAGUCCUGACCUCCCCUCUCUCCCUCGGUCACUGUCAGCCUCUCUCUUGGUCCUGCCUUUCUCGUUCUCCCUCUGUACCUCUGAAAGUGGUCAUUGAAAAUUGAUGGUAUGGACACAAUGCAUUUGGAGUCCCUGUGACCUUAAUGUAUUGGUCACAGAACCAUUCACAUUUUCAGCUGAGCCGUUUCAUAAACUAUACAGUCUGUUUGCCUCAGCUCCAGCUUGCUGUGAAUGGUGAGCACUCCCUCUGUUCAGUGAUCCUGUGUUUUCGAUUUUCCCGGGAAUAUCUAACAUUGUUCCCUCUCUUACAGUCUCCCUGAUGUGGUCAUCAGUCAGUCCCUCACACACCCUCUGUAGAUUAUCUGUCCUUCCCCACAGCCACCUCCUUGCAUUUCUGUGCCUUAAAUGUUCACGUUUCCCACUAGGCUAAUUAUUUUGUGAUCCUGUACAUUCUAAGCACUUGGUUUGACUCCAAGUAAAGUUACUCUGAAUGCUGA